UCCUCAUGUAAAUUAUUUCAAUACGCUGAUGACACGGUAUUGCUAUCGCAACACCUUGAUUAUGUUGCAGGAAUCACUUUACUCCAAGACGACACUUGUCACCUACAUGACUGGUUUAGAGCUAAUUGUCUCACGAUCAAUAUACAUAAAACUAAGCUUGUUUGCUUUCAUAAUCCACUUAAACUUAUAACUACCGAUUAUCCACUUUAUAUGCAUACGUCCCACUGUUCCCUAUGUUAUUGUAAUGAAGUUCCAUAUUCCGACACUGUUAAAUAUCUCGGAAUACAUUUUGAUUCCGAUCUUUCAUGGAACUCGCAUCUCACGAAACUAUGUGCUAAGUUACGAAGUAUUUCCUGUCUGCUUUAUAAUACCAAAGCAUUCAUGCCUUUCAUUCUACGCAAGCGCGUAACUUAUGCAUUAGCCUACUCCAAUUUGCGGUAUGGCAUAACUAUUUUUGGUAAAUGCUCCAAACUAUGGCAAAAGAAAAUCAACAGUGUCCUGAGGGGAAUACUCAGAAGCGUGGGGUACAAGCGUGAUUUUUCGGAUUUACAUCUUUUUCAAACACUAUCAAUGCCAACUUUUCAGUCCCUAUUUCUGGAAACAGUGGUGCUCAAUUACAACUGGAAAGACGAUUUUAAAUCUCCACGCCCCAUCUCACGAAACUUGCGUAAAGCUUCAAGAUUCCUCACUCCGAUUUGUUAUACCCGCUACAGCAAAAAUAUGCGU